UCAUUGCGUCGUCGUGGUUUAAUUUCAAACUAUCCAGCUGGAUUCCUCACUGUUCCCCCUUCCGAAUUUAGGGUUUCACGGAUCCCUCCGUCUUCACUUGCUUCUUCGAUCCAUGUCCUCAAUUGCACCAGGCCAGGCAAUCAGCUUGAGCACCGAUCCAAUGAGCCUCGCCACGACUUCUGUCGACGUUGCAGCAAAGAAGCUGAGUCGGGGUUCGAUUAAUUUGCAGUUGUAUUGAAUGUUUCUGAUGGUCGGAGUGAGCGGAACGGGAUCUUACAGAGGCUUGCAAUCGCGGAUCGCGUGAGGGGAAGCAUAAGAAGAAGAUGGAAUAGGGCGUUGUAUGAGGGGAGGGGUUGGAAUCUACAUUGAUCGGGGCUGGUGGUGGUGGAGUUUUGAUGGAGACGAUAGCGGAAGGGCUGUGGGAGUUGGCGGAGGAGCACGAGAAAGGGGGUUGCAUAGCGCAAGCUGUGAAAUGCUUGGAGGCGAUUUGCCAGAGCCAGGUGUCCUUCCUGCCCGUGGUGGAAGUCAAGACGCGGCUUCGAAUUGCGACGCUUCUGCUGGAGCAUACUGAUAAUGUUACGUAUGCUAAGGCGCAUUUGGAACGUGCGCAACUAUUAUUGAAACAAAUUCCAACUUUUUUUGAGCUGAAAUUUCGAGCUUACAGCCUAUUAAGUCGAUGCUACCAACUGGUGGGCACUAUUGGGGCUGUGAAGCAGACUCUGAAGAAAGGGUUAGAGCUUUCUACCAACGCAGGGAUUGGUGAUUCAGGACGACUGUGGGGUUGCAACUUCAAUUUGCAACUUGCUAAAGCUCUAACGACUGAAAAUGAUUAUGCUGGCGCACUAAGAAUGUUGGACAACGGCAGCAGAUUAGCAGCUGCCAUGAAUCAACCUCAACUUGAGAUGGUAUUUGCUACUGCUAGGUUGCAUGUUCAGCUGAUGCAAUGGGAGGAGCCUACAACCAUCGACCAAAGUCUUGCUUUUUGUGAUCGGUUGUUUGACAGAAUUCCACAAAACCUGAAACGAUCACAUGCAGGUCUACACGUCUACAAGGAGCUUCUUUACAUAUUUUACCUCCUGCGAGCAUGUGAGUACAAGGAAGCACAAGAUCGCACGACUGACCUGGAUGCAACUCUACGGGAACUGGAACAGCCCGCACCAGUGCAACAACCUGUAUUUGAUCCUGUUGUACAUCGAGAGCUUAAGAAUCAACUGCAGUGGGUGGUUACGGAGCUACAACGUCCAGGUGCUCCGCCACAGCGGGCUGCCGAUUUGCGGUAUCAUUAUGUCUUAAUUCAGCAGCAGCUCCUUCAACACGAACAACUAAUGCGCCCUGCUACACAGAUGGACUCAAAAAAGCUUCCAUUGGGACCUGCACCUUUGGACGAGGAAUGGAUUCCCAAGGCUGCAGUACUUGUUCUGGUAGAUCUUAUGGCUGUUAUUUGUUCAAGGCCAAAAGGCAUGUUCAAAGAUUGUACAUCUCGAAUUAUCUCCGGACUGGAACGUGUCAAUGGUGAGCUGGAGAAGCUUGGAAUUACAAGAAAAGUUGCAGAGGGAGAUCUGCAACACUGGGCAAUGUGGACAGGUGGCGUUUAUUUGCUUUUGUUGAUGCAGCUACUUGAGAAUAAAGCAGUUAUCAACCUCACCGAAGCCGAUUAUGUCGAAGCCCAGAAAUCUUUGGUUCAAUUAGUGGAGUGGAAGAGAAGGUAUCCAACAAUGCUACAAGGCUGUGAAAGCAAUAUUCAAUUACUUCUGGGUCAUUACGCACAAUCCUUGGGCUGUUUCCGUGAGUCCGCUCAUCAUUUUAUGCAGGCUUCUAAGAUGGCAGAUUGUGAGGGAUUGCGAGCCAUGUGCCAAGUCAAUGCUGCAGUAUCUUACAUUUGUCUUGAUGACCCAGAUUCAUCGUCGCAUGCAUUGGACCUUGUUGCUCCUGUAUAUCGGAAUAUGGACACAUAUUUAGGGGCUCGUGAGAAAACCUUGGUUCUCUUUGCAUCAGGCAUUCUGCAGAGGAAGCAACAUAACCCGCAAGAGGCUCGGACACGAUUAGCAACCGGUUUAAAAAUCACUCAUAAACAAUUGGGUAAUCAUCAAUUGGUUUCUCAAUAUCUAACGGUUCUUGGAAGCCUGGCCAUUGCCAUGCAUGAUACCACUCAGGCUCGUGACAUUUUAAAGUCUUCAUUCACACUGGCGAAGUCUCUCCAUGACAUACCAACUCAAGUAACAGUCCUUUCAGAGCUUAAAGCUAUGUUCCGGAAUGCUGAAGAGGCCGGAAAGGAAGCAGAGCAUGCAGAAGCUGAGGGCAAGAAGCUCGAGGAGCUUCAUCGGCGUAUUUCUGAGGCACAAGCAACUCCUUACCACACAGCUCUUUUGCAGUACGGCUUGUGCAGAUAGUAUGGUCAUACGACUCGUCCUCAACUUCUGCACUUGUACUUUUGCUGCACAUAACAAGACCUGACUUUUCUUUUUAGUCUGUACAAUGGUAGCAUAUCAUUCAGGUCUUGUCUGCAGUAUCAUGCUUUGUAACAUAUGAAACCUUCGGGUCCCAAUUCUCCAGUCGAUGCACUGGAGUGAGUUCUCAGGUUGAGAGUAAGAGUCUCUAAGCAUGUAGUGCAUCAACACCAAUUCAUGCGAUCAGGGCUCUAUCCUCAUGCGUACCGGCGUUUAAUCCCUUUUGCCUCUAGUAGUUGAAGGGGUCAGAAGUGUACUUUUUCAUUUUUUAAACUUUUUAGUUCUUUCGGUUUUUACCAAGAGAUCCUAAUAGCCAAGUCAUAUACAUUUUGAACUCGAAGGAGUACAAUGAACAUGAACAGUGCUUGCAUAUGAAUUUACUUGAACGAUCAGUAAAACGUCUAUUGAGACCAUGAAUUUUUUUA